CUAUUGUUUUUACCAAAAUAUGUCUGGGCUUUUGAGAUUGUUUGUGGGUAUUGUGUUGGUGGGGUUGGUUGCUUCUGCUAAGUUUGAUGAACUCUUCCAACCUGGCUGGGCUUUGGACCAUUUCAGCCAUGAAGGAGAACUCCUCAAUCUCAAACUUGAUAAUUAUUCCGGUGCUGGUUUUGGAUCCAAGAGCAAGUAUAUGUUUGGGAAAGUGACCAUCCAGCUUAAGCUUAUAGAGGGUGACUCUGCCGGAACCGUUACUGCUUUCUAUAUGUCAUCAGACGGUCCAAAUCACAACGAAUUUGAUUUUGAGUUUUUGGGUAACACAACUGGGGAACCUUACUCGGUCCAGACCAACGUGUAUGUGAAUGGGGUUGGUAACAGGGAGCAGAGACUCGACCUCUGGUUCGACCCCACCAAGGAUUUCCACCACUACUCUAUCUUUUGGAACCAGCGCCAAGUUGUAUUCCUAGUGGAUGAGACGCCAAUAAGGGUGCAUACAAAUCUGGAACACAAAGGAAUUCCUUUCCCAAAAGACCAAGCCAUGGGUAUAUAUAGCUCUAUAUGGAAUGCUGACGAUUGGGCCACUCAAGGUGGUCGUGUGAAGACAGAUUGGAGCCAUGCCCCCUUUGUUGUCACCUAUAAGGACUUUGAAAUCAAUGCCUGUGAGUGCCCCGUGCCAGUGGCAUCAACAGAUAAUGCUAAGAGAUGCAGCAGCAGCGAGGAUAAGAAGUAUUGGUGGGACGAACCCACAUUGUCCGAGCUCAGCUUGCACCAGAGCCACCAGCUUAUGUGGGUUAGGGCUAAUCAUAUGGUCUAUGACUAUUGCACUGACGCUACUAGGUUCCCAGUCACACCUGCUGAGUGUGUCCAUCACCGUCACCAGUGAAGGAAGGAGCUUAAGGGGGGAGAGAUAGCCACGAAUGAGAUGAAAGAAUUAUCUGAACAUGUCCUUCAUGUUUUCGC